AGCGAAUUAGGGUGAAUUACUGGCAUAGCAGGAAAUAAUGAAUCCAAUAAAUAAGACUGCAUGCGAUGUGGAGUAACAAAAGUGAAGGAAAAAUGCGGACUUCUCUAAUUUUAAUUUUUGUUGUAUUUUUCAGGAUGCCUGAGUUUGCAAAAAUGCUACCUUUGACCCCUCCAUACCUAUCGAGAGGAAGCUCCUUUUCUAUCCACACUUUGCACCUCAGGUUAAAUCUGUGACUUAACACAAGUCUACACAUUAGCAGAAAGGAAUAUACAUGUACGUCACUGACAAAGGUCAAAGUCAAGGUCACAAUGCCAUUGACCUUGGUGUCAUUUGAAAGAACUUGAUUGGUGGAUUAGGCAUACCAAAUAUGUUGUCUAUAUCUCUUAUGGUUCAAAAGUUAUGGCUAAGUGUUUGUAUGUUUCUACUACUUCACUUUCGCCAAUCGUACUACCUGAUUGCUCCAGUAUCAGUAACUGUACAUUCCUAAACGCAGAGUGUAAUAAUUUAACCAGAGUUUGUCAAUGCAAACAAAGCUUUGUUCUCGUCGGCGAUAUGUCAUGCAUUUCAGUUGACGGCUUUCAAGCGAAUAUAUUUAUUGAAAACGUGACAGAAACUUCCAUACUGGUAGCUUGGAAUACGACCCAGUAUCCCGGUGUUGAAGUGUAUUUUACCAUUACAUUUAACGGUACAAUGGUCAGUAACGUUAGCAGUCCUCACUUAAUUGAGUACCUGACCGAUGGAGAUGUGCAUAGUCUUCAAAUCACGUCCAAUGUCACAGGGAGAGACAUGAGGACUGAGUCUGUAAUGUCAAAAAUGGAAUAUGUUAGGACAGUUCCAAGGCAACCAAACAUUAUUGUCGAUCCACCUUAUUAUGCACCGAAUGUAACGAUUAGAUGGACACCAAGAAAUCCAUACUUCAGCAUGUUUUACAUAUAUUUUACGGGUCCUGGAGUUAACAUUGUUUCCUCCACAAGUAAUACAAACAUAACAUUCACUGAUCUGAAGCAUGGAACAAUCUACUAUUUCACAAUUGUUCAAGAAACAGAUGAGCCAUACAGAAGAAACAGCUCUGAAUUAACCAAACAAUUUCGCACAGAGUCUUCGGUCCCACAUCCACCUAUAUAUGUUGGAGCAGCUGCUGGACAAUGGAAUGUAACAGUAAAUAUCACUGACACUGAUAUGCCUAAUGGAGAUAUCAUCCAGUACAUUUUCCAGCUGACUUACAAAGUGUACAGAGACGAGCCAGAUCGUCAUGGCAUGAUCAUUUUACCAAAGUCAUACUCAGGCAUAUAUAUACUGGAACCAAAGAGACAUGGACAUAUUUUUCCAGGUGCUGAGUACAAUAUAUCUGUUUUUACCGUAAAUGAUCGUUUUAACAGUUCUACAAGUGCUAAUAUUACUGGAAUUGAAACGUUUCCGGGUGUACCAGGAGAAGUUAAUCGGAUUGAAAAUGAAGUAUAUGACCAGACCACGUCUAGCGGUUCAAUUCGUUGGGGUAGACCUGUCAUGCCAAACGGGGUUAUGGUUGCAUAUAGAGCAAUACUGAAAGAGGGUCCCGAAGUUACCUGUCGGAUUUACCAGUUUUGUAUUGUCAUCUGUAAUAUUACACUACUCGGUCCUCCCAGUGACACCUGCCUUAUACAGAAUGACAAUAGUAUCGAAGUAAACCAAAAGGAAAUGUCUUUAAAUAUAAAUAACCUCAGACUUGGAACCACGUACACAGUCCAAGUGAUAGGAUAUACCAAAGCUGGACCUGGGAAAAAAGUUGAAAUAUCGUUAAAAACCUUAAGUAUUGUACCGAAUGCAAUAGAAGAUGGCACCAUUACUGCUACUUAUUCUCCUAGUAACAGGGUAUUAAAUGUAACCUGGAAUCCACCCCCCUUCCCUGGAGAGGAUCUAGUAUAUACAUUAGUCCUUAGAGAUGCAAUCAGAUCUCAAAUACUCGUCACUCAAUCAAACUUGAAAGUUCCACAAUAUCGUCGGGAUAAUUACCAACUUCACAACUUCUACAACUACACUGUAACAGUCACACCAAGCACUUCUGCUGGAGCAGCAAGCAUCAGCCGACAACAUCUCUUCACAACACCGCCAAGUGGAAGACUUGGUAGACCACAGAAUCUGAAGAUAAAGAAUUUGCGUUGCGACAGUGUUCAAAUUGCUUGGGAAGAAGCUAAUGUAGAGGAUAGAAAUGGGCCUAUUACAGGAUAUAAAUUUCAAAAUACUUUGGGUCCACAGGAAUGGACAUUUACAGUGUCUAACCCCGAUUUUUGGUCCAUUUCCAAUAGAGAAUUUACGUAUUCUUUAAGAGUUCAGGAAAAAUCUCGAUAUUCUAUAGCGAUAUUUGCUGUGAGCGACAGAGGGAGUCAAAAUGGUGUAGAAUAUCACUCACAAGUAUUCAAUACAAGGGAAUGCCGUGAGUAUUUCAAAAUAAGGAUGUAAAAGGUUCCUAUAAAUGUAACUAUCGAAACUAAAAAUGCCCUGCCUAAAUGUUUGGAUUAAACUUAGUAUAUAAAUAAUUGCUUUUCUUAUACUCUACAGCAUUUCGGUAUGAAUAAUACUUGGGCUCUGUGCCCUUUGACCGUCAACAAAACAAGAAAAAGUUUUGUAUAAAAAACACAUAAUUUAUUGUAUAAAAGUACAUAAAACAAACGCAAUGCUUGGAACUUCUUGGUGACGCAGGGAAGGUGUUAAAAUACAUGUAGAAGGUGCAUCACUCUAGAAACAAAGACGCAAACCAUAUGGGAAUAGAGGGGUAGUAGAAGAUAUUGUUGAGAUAAACAAAACAUCGUAUGUUCGUUAACUGGUGACGGUGUAUACUAUAAUUGUAACAAUCCAAUAUUCACCUCUAAUGUUGAGGGAUUGAUAAACAACACCUUCUGUGCCAUUAUCUUCGUUUUCUAAUAUUGUAAGUCUGGUAAAUCAGUCAAAUGACACCUUUGACGAGCCUAUGUGUUUAUAUACACAAAGAACUAGGUAGCUAUCUAAUCAGCGAGGGGAUCGCAAACGAAGUAGCGCGUUCGAAACUUCAAGCCAAAGUUAUGAAACGUGGAGGGAAAUCUAGGCACAAUAGAGCUGAAAAUAUGGAUUAUGGAUGACCAAUUACUCAUGUUCGAUGGUAAGGCAACUUAUAAACACAGGUAAAGGCAUUAUCCUAUUAUUUGCUCCACGGAGAGAAUACUUGACAUUGUUAACAUUGUUUUUUGUCUUUGUAAAUAUGCUCUCAAACAUAUACAUUCCAAGAAAUUAGCCUUUAUUCCGUCGUAAUAUUUUCAUAUAUUCUUAAAUUUGGACGUGACUUUUUUUUGUAUUUUAUACCUACAUGUGUGAUUGUCAUAAUGUAUUCAUUGUGUCUACUACAUGAAUAGAUUUAGAGAAAAUAUACAGACAUGAUUUUAAACAUUAAAAAAAAUAAACCCUUGCCUUGCUGUCAUGAUAUUUAAACAUAAGAAUAUGGAAAUAACGAACAGUAUCCAAUAUCAAAGUCCAUAAAACAAUACAAAAUAGGAGCAGAGGAAACACGGACAUCUGAAACAUCAGAAGUGGGAUCAGAUGCCAUGGAGGAGACAUCUGAUAGAAUCAGCCUACUUUUUUAUCUCUGUUUAUAAGAUGCCCAUGAGUAUAGGUCUACCGUUGAAAAAUUUCUUCCCUCCCCGAUAUGUUACAUGUUCUAUGGAAAAGGUACAUGCUCUAAGAACCCGAGUCCUAACACCAUAAUCCCUGAAUCUUAGGUCAUGUAUUUUCAAAUUGACCGACGCCUCCGAGUCUUUAUGUACCAUAAUCAGUUUGCCUACCAGAAGUAUAGAAAGAGAACGUUUUGAAAUCAGUUUUAAUGCAAAUUUUUCUGGUAAAAUCUUCCCUUGUUUAUCAUAACAUGAGUUUUGGAAAAUGCGAUUCUGAUGAAAAAAUACAAAAAUUCUCUUUAAAAACUGAUAAAUGCCGCUGAGAGUGGUUCAAGGGUACAUGUAGUACAAUAAAUGUGUAGGAAGACUGACUAACAGCGAUUGCAAAAUGGUUGCCAAACGCCAUCUAAGUGUUUCGGAUGGUUUUCGAAAAGUUAACUCUUUAAACUAGCAUGAUUGUUCAGAAUAUACUCACAUGUUUAUGAUCUAUAAAGUGUCAUGGCUUAGAUUCACAUUUUGUUCAAAAUACUUUUAUACAAUUUCCAAUAUACUGUAUUUCCCAAGCAGAACUGUCAGUAUAUGUCGAGAUAUCCGAGAUGUCGAGAUAUCAGAGUUGUGAUACACAUCUGAAAUUUCAUCAUUUCGUAAAAAUUUCAAUAUCACUAAGAUUAUUAUAUUUUGCUCAUGAUAUCAAUAGAUAGUACUUCAUUUUACCAAGUUUCUUUUUCUAACGGAAUUUCAGAGUGCUACAGUGAUGACAUAAAAAUUGUUUUUCUACGUAUCUCUUAAAAGUCCUGUUUAUAUUAUAAUUUGGAAUCUUAAAUUGAGUGGAGACGAGAAAAAGUUCAUGACGUCACAAUCAGCAUUUUGGAGUUCAUAUAAGAAAAAUCGAUUUGUAGAUUUUAACUACACGGAAUUUUAAUAAUUCAGAAAGGAUUUUAAAAUUCUAAUUCCUUACAUUAAUUUCUUAUUUUAUAUUAAAAAAAUACAAAGCAAAAUUUGUAUUGAAACUAUACCUUGUUCUUUAUUGUAUAUCGUCCUUAAAAUAAAGGGGCCAGAGGAGGAUGGAAGUAGAAAUUCUCGUUCUAA